UUUCUUUCUUUUGUCUACUCUUCUUCAAGAGUUCGAUGAUCUGAGUAUGAGCGACCUCAAUUGGUGUACCUACUGUGAUAAUGCCAUCAGUCCGUUCUCUGACUCUUUAUAUUGUGGAGAGAAUUGCCUACGAAAAGAUGCACUUCGCAAUCACCCUUUACUAGGAUACACUUAUCCAGAAUUCACUCACUUUCCACGCCCACAUGGUUCCUGUCAAAAUACUCCUUUGGCGUCCUUGAGUUCUACAGAUGCACCAUCCCUUUCCUUGUCCUUCAAUUCACCACACUCUUCGUCCCGAACAUCUCCUGCACACUCGGUCACCAUCCCAUCUCCUUAUCUUUACAACAAAUCUACCCUUCACUUUCUCCAGCAAACCCAAUAAUCCUUUUGGCUACACCAACAAAAUGCGGGGUAAAAUAUAUACAUAUAUAUAUUAAUGUGUGUUUGUAUUUGUAUUUGUAUUUGUCUCAAAUACAGCAAUAUCACACUUCUUUAACCUUUUUUUAUUUUUUUACUUACAUACAUAAUACCUAUGCAAUAUUACCAAAUAGCCUGUGAGUAGUACUUUAUAUAUCUUCUUUAUCUUUCUUUACACAUAUAGCUUAUGUUCUUUGUUACAUUUUCACUGCCAAUACUAUUCCUUUAAAUAUUUAAAUAUUUUUUACAUACACAACACCCCCAUUCUUUCUUAUAUAAAAAAAAUACCAUGUCAAUUAUCUUCAUCUACCUUCCUGUAAAAAUAAUAAUAAUAAAAAAAUCAAGUGUCUAUUU